GACCUCAGGAUUCAUUCAACUUCCCAAAUAAAUAUUUUUAUAACAGGCAGCUUGCAAAUUGAUGUUUAAGCUUGGCCGUGAGGUGCACGUUUCUCAAUAACCUAACCCAGCAAUCUUCAACCGCAUUGAAUGGUACGUCUGGUGCUGGUGCAAAAACACGGCAUGUUGCUUCACCCCACUAACGUGUGCAAUUUGCCGGAAAGGGGGUUUUCAUCUGGGAUAAACGGUGAUUUUAACGGGUCUUCCCUGUGCUCCCUCUACACUGUGCCUAGGUAGUUACGUUGAGUUUCAUGUUUCCGAGUAUCUUCAUCAAUUCUAGAUAACCGCUAAUUUGCACAGAGAACCCCAGCAAAGUUCCGGUGAAGCACCAUAAUGGAGACGACAAGCACUCAUGCGCUGCUCCCACUGACAGAAAAAACAUGUGGGCUCUGCAAAACGCAAGGGAACACCCUGCGCUGCUCCCGUUGCCAAGUCGUCUACUACUGCAGCCGUGAGCACCAGGCUGAACACCUCAACGCCCACAAGAAAUCCUGCAGCCAAGUGCGCAAAUCGCGCGAUGCGCUCGCGGCCGAGGAGCAGAAGCUGCGCGAUAUGCCAGCAGACGUGCUUUUCGCGGGCGACGCUUUUAACACCUGUGUCGGGCACUUUUGGGGGAUCAUCGAGACGCGCCCAUACAUGCGUGCGCGCAGCGCGCUUAUCCACGCGUUAAUGGCUGUUGAGAGCCGGGAGUCGGUGCAGAUGCAAUUGGAGCACGCGAGAGAUAUGCUGCGUCUCUGCCGUGGGGAUAAUGUUGGUAUUCGCGUCGCGGUGCCGGGCGCUCUGUUGCAACUGGGCAGGGAUCAGGAGUGCUACGAUUUCGUCAAAUGGUAUGAGACGACAGGCCAGCAGGACGAUUACGACUGGGGCGACAUAGAGGGGCCAUUCCUGGAUGUUCAUGACGCAGAUGUCUUUGAAGACGCUGAUUACGUGUGCCACCGUUUUAUUUCUCUGUGCCUUGGAGCGGGCGUGCUUCUGGUUAAGACCAGGCUGCUUUUGGAUCUGAUGGACUUGCAAAGCUCAGCUGUCGACUCCGCCACACGGCCCACACCUGCUGAGGGCCCGCGCCUGCGCAGCUCCAUAAUUGCGAAGAAUGCGGACAUUUUAAAGCGCGGGGAUCAUACGGCGGCGAUUGGCUUGCUGCAAGAUCAGGUCAGGAAACUCUACAACGCCCUCCACAGCUCAAACAAGUACUUUUGGGAAGCUCUGCUAGCACCGGAGAAGCAUCUGCAUGAGCUGCCAGCUUACUAUUCGCCUGGUACCCUAUCAGAGGUGCAGUCGAUGCUGAAGUAUAUCUACCCCGCAUGGGCUAUGACCCCAGGAGCUGUGGAAUUGAUAGAGAAUAUCACUUUGGGGAAAUUUUAA